AUGGAGGGAGGUGUUUUCAGACAGCUUGAAAAGUUAUCGAGCAUGUUUGAGGGCAGCAGCAAUCCACCAAAUGGCUCGCAGUAUUCUCGUCAUUACAACACCAGACGACGCGUGGCCAUCACCGAUCAUUCUUCCGAUGAUCAGCCGCCAACACAUGGAACUGCCAUCAUCGAUGUUGACCCAGUUGCCUCUUCUUCUGCUAUUAGCAGGGACAACACGCCACUAAAUCAAAGCAAUUAUUAUUGGAUUAACCAGACUUAUUAUCAACGUCACUAUAACUUCCCAGAAGGCUUCAAUCUCUCUGCUCUUCCUGUAAUUGAUAAUGCUGAGCCCAUGCCCAACACUGCCUUAGUGCCUCCUGAGACUGCUGCUCCUGCUGCUCUCCAGACAGAGGCUCCUGCUGCUCCUGCUGCUCUCCAGACAGAGGCUCCUGUUGCUCCCGGGACAGAAGCUCCAGCUGCUCCUGGCACAGAGGCUCCAGCUGCUACCGAGACAGAGGCUCCAGCUGCUACCGAGACAGAGGCUCCUGCUACUCUUGUUGAGGCUGAGUCUCCGGCAGCUCUUGCUGGCCCUGCGUCUAGACCUACCAGCAUCAAAAUAAUAUGCCUUCUCCUUCUUCUCUUAGGUCUAGGCAUUGCUGGUGCCAUAGCCGCUCUACAUUUUAAGAAGUAA